GAAUGGUGUUGGUUGGGGUGAGAUAUGGAAUGGGGUGCAGCAUGCUCCACGUGAAACUCUCUACUUUCUCUAUGGGUUUGGUGGGAGAAAGUGACUCAAAUCUCCAACGCUGAAAACACAGACAAAGCAAAGCAAUCAGGUAGCAUUAAGCAAAAAUAACCUCACAACAUAACACAAACCAUACAAUUAAAAUGUUGAAAAUCAAAGAACAAACUCUCAUUUUUCCUUCUCACACCCCCUUCCUUGAAGACCACACCCUCCCUCUCUCCCACCUCGACAUCGACCGCAACCUCAAUACAACCAUACGCUACCUCCGCGCUUACACAGCCACCACCACCCACCACCAUGAUCCCUUCACCGUCAUCUCCUCCUCCCUCUCAAAAACUCUCCCUCAUUACUACCCACUCGCCGCCACACUCCGCUACCACAACCACCGCCUCGAACUCUUCUGCUCCAAAAGCCAAGACAGCGUUCCUCUCAUCCACGCCACCGUAGACAUCACUCUCGAAUCCGUAAACUACCUCGACGACGACCCAUCUUCCCAUUUUGUUGAACAGUUAGUACCCGACCCAAAACCGGAAGAAGGAUUAAACCAUCCAUGCAUGCUUCAACUCACUGUUUACAAGUGCGGUGGGUUCACUCUCGGUGCAGCAAUUCACCAUUCACUUUGUGAUGGAAUGGGUGGGACGCUUUUUUUCAACACGAUGGCGGAGUUGGCUCGUGGCGGGGAACAUAUCAUGGUGGAGCCAGUGUGGGAUAGAGAGAAGUUGUUGGGUCCAAGGGAUGUGCCACGAGUGGAUUCGGCGUUGGUAAGAGAGUUUUUGAGUUUGGAUAAAGAGUUUUUGGUGUAUGAAGAAGGUGAUGGUGGUGUUGUGAGAGAGUGUUUUCAUGUGAAGGAUGAGUGUUUGGAAGAGUUUAAGAGAUCUUUGUUUGAUCAAUGUGGGUUCAAGUUCACCACUUUUGAAGCUUUAGGUGCUUGCAUUUGGAGGUCCAAGGUAAAGGCCUCAAAAGUGGAGGAUAAUGAGAAGGUGAAGUUUGCAUACUCAAUCAAUAUACGUAGACUAGUAAAGCCAUCACUACCUGCUGGAUAUUGGGGAAAUGGUUGUGUUCCAAUGUAUGUUCAAUUGAGUGCUAAAGAUUUGAUAGAACAACCCAUUUGGGAAACAGCAGAACUAAUAAGAAAGAGUAAAACCAAUGUCACUGAUGAGUAUGUUCGCUCUUUCAUUGAUUAUCAACAUUUGCAUUAUGCUGAUGGGAUCACAGCAGGAAAAUGGGUGAGUGGUUUCACUGAUUGGAGACACUUGGGCCAUUCAACUGUGGAUUUUGGUUGGGGAGGUCCUGUUACUGUUUUGCCACUUGGUAGAAACCUGCUUGGGAGUGUUGAACCUUGUUACUUUUUGCCUUAUUCAAUAGCCAGUGCUGACAAAAAGAAUGGGUUUAAGGUUUUGGUGAAUUUGAGUGAGGUAGCUUUGCCUGCUUUUACAGAAGAUAUGCAAAUGUUUGCUGGUAGUCGAGAGUUGUUACCCGAGUCUCGCAUUUGACAAUAUUAACAGAAUAAAAGAGUGAAAUCGUAAUAUUAUUUUUAUGAUACUAGUUCUUGAUUUUAUGUAAACAAGUAAAGGCGAGUUCAGACAUUGUUUAUGUAUUCUUGCAUAAGUAAUACGUUACCAUUGCUAUAGCCUAUAGCAAAUGAUUUUUUAA